CCAAAUUUGCACAAUACAUAGAUGAAAACAUUAUGCUUCAUGUAUGUCACAGAGUGGAUAACAUUUUCCACUGUUGAGUGGUGAGAGACAAGCGACAGCCUUAUCUCUCUCUCUCCCCUGGCCACUGCUCCCACCAGUAGUCCCCAAGCAAUACUGCAAGAAGUCGCAUUAGCGAGCAAGCAUGGCUGUUUCUUCCACAGCUGCGGCAGCGUACAACCUUUCUCACGGUCGCGGUAGUACCAUCACUCCAUCACUCCAUAGAACACAUCGUGUUGCUCUGGUUCCGUCGAAGUCCAUCUCCUUCGGGGAGAGAUUACCGCGCAGGAAUUUGGUGGCCUCGAGUUCCGGGGACGCUCCGGCUGCGGAGACGGAUAACGCGGAGAGCUCCAUCGAAGCUCCGAGCUCGCCCCCUUCGCUUAUUUCUGCUCUGAACGUCGAGCGAGCUCUCAGGGGCAUGGCAAUCACGGACGUUGAUCACUAUGGUAGACUCGGAAUUCCACGAAAAUGCCCGUACGACCAGGUCCCAGUGGCUUACCAGAAGAAGGUUGAUGAGGUGAAGAGUCAGGGACUUGAGGAAGACGAAAUCAACAAGCAGCUUGAACUUCUCAAAGAAUCAUACUCGAUAUUGUCAUCAGUCGAAGAGAGGAGAAUGUACGACUGGAGCUUGACAAGGAGUGAGAAUCCCGAUAGAUACGCCUGGCCCUUUGAGGUGGACAUCACUCAGAGCCCGACACAGCCUCCUCCUCCUCAGGAGCCGGAGGAUGUUGGGCCAACGAGACUGGUGGGUUACUUCAUGCUUGGUUGGUUGGUGUUGUCUUUCGUAUUAUCGAUUGCCCUCAAUCGAUAAGGUUGUGAUCAUUAUGAUUUGUAACCAAAAAUGAUAAUACCAUCCAUUUCUAAAACUUAGAUGUACGCAAAAUUAACACUAUAAAAUUUGGACCAUUUCUUGAAUUGCGCGUGUCAUCCUUGGGCAAGGGCCAUGCUAAUCUUCUCUAUAUCACUCCAAUUUUAUUGGAUGUCUCCGAAGAGACAAACCUUUGCAGUAUAAAA